UUUCACAGUGUGGAGUCCAAAGAGUUUAGUAGCACAGCGGAAGUGUUACCCUGUUGGUCAGGAGCAAAGAGGGAGUGUGUGUGUGUUUGUGUGUGUGACAGAGAGACUUCAGCGGGGAUUCAGGUGGCAUGAUGUGGGCUCGGCUGAUGGUUGGGGUCGGGGUUUCGGGGGUCGGGUUGCGGGCUUCCCGAGACGGUUCGCUGCGGGUCGCUGGAGCUGGAUGUGCGGGCAGGAGGCAGCAGCAGAGACAGGCUUCAAGUGCAGAGGCUGCCUUGAAGAAGACUCCGCUGUUUGACUUCCACAGACACCACGGGGGAAAGAUGGUGGAGUUUGCAGGCUGGAGUAUGCCCGUCCAGUACAAAGACAGUCACAUCGCCUCGCACAUGCACACCAGAGAGCACUGCUCCAUCUUCGAUGUCAGCCACAUGCUGCAGACCAAAGUCCAUGGCAGAGACAGGGUGAAGUUCAUGGAGUCUCUGGUGGUUGCAGAUAUUGCAGAACUCAAGGACAACCAGGGUACGUUGUCCCUUUUCACCAAUGAGAAAGGAGGGAUUAUUGAUGACCUCAUAGUGACAAAGACAGACCAGGGCUACCUCUAUGUUGUGUCCAACGCUGGCUGUGCUGACAAGGACUCAGCUCAUAUGAAGGCCAGACUGGCAGAGUUCAAAGCUGCAGGUCUUGAUGUGGAUCUGGAGUUCCUUGAUGAAGCGCUCAUCGCUCUGCAAGGCCCGUCCAUGUCGAGAGUGCUCCAGGAGGGGCUGAAGGAGGACCUCAGUAAGCUGACCUUCAUGACCUCCAGCCUGGCCUCUGUGUUUGGCAUUCCUGGCUGCAGGGUCACUCGCUGUGGAUACACUGGAGAGGACGGGGUGGAGAUCUCUGUCCCUAAGUCCAGAGUGGUGGAGCUGACAGAGAAGCUGCUGGCUAACAGCGAGGUGAAGCUGGCCGGUCUGGGCGCCAGGGACAGUCUGAGGCUGGAAGCGGGACUUUGUCUCUAUGGCAACGACAUAGAUGAGACCACCACACCUGUAGAGGCCACCCUAGUCUGGACCAUAGGAAAGCGUCGGCGUCAGACGAAGGAUUUCCCUGGUGCUGAUAUCAUCGUACCUCAGAUCAAAGCCAAGACAGCCAAGAAGAGAGUUGGUCUGGUGUCCACCGGCCCCCCCGUCAGACAACACACACCCAUUCUCAGCCCUGAUGGAAAGGUUAUAGGUGAGGUUACCAGCGGCUGCCCCUCUCCCUGCCUGAAAAAGAACGUUGCCAUGGGUUACGUGGAUGCAGCAUUCGCUAAGAAUGGAACAGCCAUCCAGGUGGAGGUCAGGAAGAAAGCAGUGCCAGCCACCGUCAGCAAGAUGCCCUUCGUCCCCACCAACUACUACUCUGGAUAGGAAGGACACACACACACACACACACACUUUCUCCACCUACAUCUCCAUUCUUUCACCUAUUGUCCCUUAUUUCCCAAUGCUGCCCCCUUCUGUUUACCUCCAGAAAUGCAACACCAAUGUAAGACUCAAAGGUCUAAAUAAAUGAGUUUUAAAAAAAAUCCAAAUUACAAACUGUAAUAAAUACAAUAUGUGUUCUGGUCUAAUGUGAUCAGUCACAGUCACUUUCAUUGAGAGUUUGUAUCACAGACACUAAAGCUGAGACACUUACAAGGUAAGUGUAAGUACAAUUACUUUUUGCAGGACAUUUUAGACAGGAGACUGUCACUCUACACACAGUCAGUAUUCUACCUGUGUGUGUUUAAGAAACACAGCGUACAGUAACAUUUUCACCUGUGGGUGGAUGUGCCGUAAACUGUGAGCAAUUUAUAGAUGAGUUGCAUGGAAUAAACUACAAGUAGUAUUGUUGAGUCUGAGAAUGAAUGUACGGCUGCAGUAUGGGCCCAAAAGCCUCGUUAAUGUGGUUCAUAGACCAAGGUCUGUUUUUUUGUUUUUUAAGUGGACAGCAGGUUAAACUGAAUCUAGAACAAAAAAAACUGAGGCUGUGUGGGUCCACUAAACACUAGUGUUUAACAAACUAUUGCUUUAGAAUAUAGAUUUUGCUAAUGAAACAUCAUAUUAUUUUCAUCUGUCACUGCUGAACCAAAAUGCACAAACAAAAAAAUCCAAAUGGUUCUUUUGAUGAUAAAUCACCACAUGUCUGCAUUUUUGUUGUUUAAGGUCUUUUAAAUAUCACAGAGCCAAAUUUCCAUUGAGAUUAGUGUUAGCUGCUAAGUGCUUGAUUAAGGAGGUCAAAUGGGGCAAACUCAUAAUCCUGUCAACACAACAUUCCUACCUGAAAUGUCCUAAUUAAUACAAACAUGCAAGUCCAGUUUCUGGCACUGGCAUUUUGUGUUAAUUAGCAGAUUUUGUUUAAUCAAGACCUUUUUGAGGGGGAUUUUAGGGAGUUCCGCUUUGCUGUGUUGAUGUGGUCAAUAACCUGAUCUCCUCAGAUUAUCUCAUCAGAUAAUUCUGACCAGUUUCUGUUAAUAAUAUGUGGAACCUUAAAGAGAAGUUUACACUACAUAUGGUACAAUGAUAGCCUAACUUUUAAAGAUGUUAAUUGUCAUUAUGUAUGUUGUGUCUGGCUACUGAUAAAAUAUAAUUUCUUCAUUAAGCAUGGACAUUGUCUUUGAACUUUUUGUGGAGCUCUAGAUGUCUUAUUUUAUUCAAAUAAUAAUAAUAACAUUUUAAAUAGAGAAAUGGUACUACUGCUUUAUUGGUUGUGUUGAAGAUGCACUGUGUGUAUGAUUGUGGACUUAUGGAAUCUUUAGUUGAAUGUUUUAAACAUUUUAAAUAACAUUUUUUUUA